AUAGCGAAUGGUACCGUCCGUGGAAUGCUUAGCGCGGACGGCCGGCGGCUAACAAAGCGAAUGGCUUUCGUCCUCUUUCGGGAGAUAACGAAUUCGAGAAUCCAAGAUGGCUGACCCUGAGCCCGCGGACGCCGUCCCCGCCGCGCGUCGAAUCAGCCGGCGGUCUCUGCGUAAUGUGUAGUGCCAUCGUCGUCGCUGCCGCCACUGCGGCUCUCCUUUGCCAUAGAUCAUUUUAUCCAUUUUCCUUGUGACGACGAAAACGACAUAUGUCUCGUCGCGUUCCUCCCACCCAAAACUCUUUUUUCACUUUGUUGUUAGGCGACCGGAUUUCGAAGUUUUGAAAUAAAUAAAAUGUUUAUAUCUAUAUGUUUUUCACUCCUGCAUUUGAUUCUGUGACAGACAAUUUAAAUCUCACAUUUACAAGUCACCUGUAGACGAAUGUACAUUUACAAAGGAUACAGUUUCGCAUAAUUAGUAUUUGCACUAUUUGUGAUAAACAUAUUGGUUGGAAUGUCCAUGGACCCGCGACUCAGUAGAAGGCGAGGGCAGGCUUCAAAUGGAGCUACAGGUUCUGACUCCGGUCAACAACAGCAAAGUAAUGAACUGGAGCUGGCCACCAAAAUGCUUCAAAUACAAUCAAAACGUUUUUACUUGGAUGUCAAACAAAAUAGAAGAGGAAAAUUCAUAAAAGUUGCUGAAAUUGGAGCUGAUGGCAGAAGAAGUCAAAUUUUUUUGGCAUUAUCUACAGCAGCAGAUUUUAGAGACCAUCUUGGUACUUUUAGCGAGUUUUACUCACAAUUAGGACCACCAAAUCCAGAUACCGUUCCUGAAGACGGAAAAUUGAAGUCUGAAAUGAUGAUCAAGGACAACCGUCGUUAUUAUUUAGACCUUAAGGAAAAUGCACGUGGAAGAUUUCUUCGUGUUUCCCAAACCAUAACUCGUGGCGGCCCACGUUCUCAAGUUGCUAUCCCAGCGCAAGGGAUGAUAGAGUUCCGUGAUAAUUUGACAGAUCUACUAGACGAGUUUGGUACAGAUGAUGGUGGCUUCAAAGGUGAUUUACCUGAUGGUCGUCACAUGAGGGUUGAUAACAAAAAUUUUUAUUUUGAUGUUGGUCAAAAUAACCGUGGAAUUUACAUGCGUAUAUCGGAGGUAACAACUACGGUUAAAGGAAACUUUAGAACGGCAAUUACGGUGCCAGAAAAGUCAUGGUCCCGUUUCCGCGAUUAUUUCAGGGAUUAUUGCGAUAAAAUGGCUGAGUGCAACGAAAAAAGCACUGUAGCAACAUUGGUGCCAGCUGAAAGCACUAGUCCACAAUAAACCUCCAUAUGAUAUAAAAAUUAUAAAAAUUAUAUAAUUCAAUUUUUUUCACACACACUCAUACAAACUAUUGAAAUUUGAAAAUUGUUUUUAAUUAAUUUAGUUGGUCUAACGAAUAGUAUAAUAUAACAAGGUGGUGGGGAUGAUAUUCAUCCUAUUUGGAAAGUGAAUUUAUUAAGUCAUCGGAUUUAUGUUCUAAUUGCACAUGAGUUACCAACUGAUUGUGCAAUGUUAAAUGUCUUUUCUAGCUUGUCUAAAUGAUCCCUCUAAAUUUCUUUAUUAGUGCAAUAUUUGUUGACAAUUUUUUUAAAAUUCUAGUAACAACUACCAGAUUGAUGUUUUUGUUUUAUAUUUUAUUAAGAAAAUUGUUACAUUUUUAUUUGAAUUUUAUCCCAAAGUUGACUUUUGUUAAACUAUUUUUGUUCUAGCUUAUUAAUCAUUCCAAAAUUUAUUCAGUUUUUACA